AUCCAGAUCGGGCCGUGAAAGUGGCAGCCGGUGGUCACCGAGAGCAGAUCUGGGGAGGUCGCACCUGACCUAUUUCUCUACGUUUCCUCUCGACCCUACCUGAAUCUUCCAGGUCCGCGGAGUGAGGAAACGUCUCCACCACCAUGGGGGGCGGAGACUUGAAUCUGAAGAAGAGCUGGCACCCGCAGACCCUCCGCAAUGUGGAGAAAGUGUGGAAGGCUGAGCAGAAACAUGAGGCUGAGCGGAAGAAGAUUGAGGAGCUUCAGCGGGAGCUGCGGGAGGAGAGGGCCCGGGAAGAGAUGCAGCGCUAUGCGGAGGAUGUCGGGGCUGUCAAGAAAAAAGAAGAAAAAUUGGACUGGAUGUACCAGGGUCCUGGUGGGAUGGUAAAUCGUGAUGAAUACUUGCUGGGGCGCCCCAUUGACAAAUAUGUUUUUGAGAAGAUGGAAGAGAAAGAGGUGGGCUGUUCUUCAGAGACAGGACUCCUCCCAGGCUCUAUCUUUGCCCCAUCAGGUGCCAAUUCCCUUCUUGACAUGGCCAGCAAAAUUCGGGAGGACCCACUUUUCAUCAUCAGGAAGAAAGAAGAGGAGAAAAAAAGAGAGGUAUUGAAUAAUCCUGUGAAAAUGAAGAAAAUCAAAGAAUUGUUGCAACUGAGUCUGGAAAAAAAGGAGAAGAAGAAAAAGAAGGAGAAGAAAAAGAAGCACAAGAAACAUAAGCACAGGAGCUCAAGUAGUGAUCGUUGCAGCAGUGAGGAUGAGCGCAGCCGGGGGAGAUCUCAAAAGAAGAUGGCAAAUUCUUCCUCUGUUUUGUCCAAAGUUCCUGGAUAUGGCUUACAGAUAAGAGACUCUGACCGUAGCCAGGGACUGCAGGGUCCUCUGAUGACUGAGCCAAAGGGAGUGCAUGGGUGGAAGAAUCGCUCCAGGUCCAGAAGCUCUUCCCACUCACCUCCCAGACAUGCCAGCAAGAAGAGCACCAGAGAAGCAGGGUCCCUGGACAGGAGGUCUCGAUCCCUGGGCAGAAGGUCACGGUCCCCAAGGCCAAGCAAACUGCACAACUCUAAGGUAAACAGGAGAGAGAGAGGCCAAACUAAGAGCCCAUCACCUAAAAAAGAGGUCUACCAAAGGCGGCACGCACCUGGAUACACCAGAAAGCUCUCAUCAGAGGAAUUAGAGCGAAAACGGCAAGAGAUGAUGGAAAACGCCAAGUGGCGGGAGGAAGAGAGACUGAACAUCCUCAAGAGGCAUGCUAAAGAUGAUGAACGGGAGCAGAGGCUGGAGAAGCUGGAUUCCCGGGACGGGAAGUUUAUCCACCGCAUGAAGCUAGAGAGCGCAUCUACCUCCUCCCUAGAGGAUCGGGUGAAGCGGAAUAUCUACUCUCUACAGAGAACUUCAGUAGCUUUGGAGAAGAACUUUAUGAAAAGAUGAAAACCAUCCUCUCUCUUGCUGGUUUUCCUGAAUUUUCCAGGGAAGCGCAGCUCCUUAAAAAUUCUCUUUGUAAGAGUUCAAGUGACUUCUUCCACAAAUGUCAAACCACCACUGUUCAAAGUGACUCUCCUCCAUCGAUUCCUUGAAUAGCUACUUCCUUUGAGAACCAGUGUGACUUGCUUUAUGGGACUCUCAGUAACUUCUGCUGGGUGCAGAGUAGGUUUUGAUUGUUUUUUAAUGGGUGAACACUGGACCACUAGGUGUGAGCACUCCUGCUCUGGAAGGCUGUUCCCUGUGGUCGUGAUUCUUCUUAUGCCACUUCCUUCCUACCUGUGUGAACAGACCUAUCCCAUUGCCUCAGUAUACACCAGACCUUUUUAGAAAUCUUGCUCUCCAGAGUCACCAGAUAGAUUGUGCUUACUGGGAUAAAUGAACAUUUACUUGAUUUAGUAGAUGUGUGAUAGAAUGAUGUCAUGUUAGGGUAGAGCCAAGGGAGUGACAAAGAAUCUGGAAGGGGAAACCAUAAAAAAAAAUCCCUAAAUUAACGGUUGAACCAUUGGACUAUCAGACUGUAAAAGUAUAGUGUGUAUAUGUACAAAUGUAUAAUUUUUACAUGCUUUUUAAAAAAGUAAGCUUUGUGAGAAGAUCUUGUUUGGUAAGUGACUUUAUUAUGUAAUGGAACCACAUUGUAUCUUGUUAUUGAGUAAUAGAAUAAGGCAGUGAUGGUUUUUUUUCUGUCUGUGAAUCCAGCUAGUUUAGGAGGGGUCUCGGUUUAUUGAUAAGAUCUAGGAUAUCUAUCCUUUCACAUUGCUUAGAGUCUUUGAUGUGGGCAGUGCAGCAAUGAAGUCAAAUGAUUUGAGUCAGGAACAAAUUUCCAGUAUGUUCCCUGGUUUAAAAAAAUAAAAUGGAAGCUGUUAUUUCAUGGCUUCCCUUUUAUCAUGUUGUAAUCUUACUACAGUUCUAGAUUUACAGUUGUUUGCUACUGUUUUUAGUCGGAUAUUUUAAAAAAAUCUAAAACUGAUGGGGCCAAUCUCCUGUCUUUACUUCUUUCUCUUUUCUAUUCUUUUACCAGAAGCCCUCAUUUGACUUAUGAACUCCUAGCCACUCUUGACCCACAGUUAGCAAGCCUAAUUCCUUUUCUGCUAAUUCUUUAUUCUGCUUAAAACGAAUCUGGAUUUAUAUUUUUGAGCACUUAUGAUGCCAGGCACUGUCAUACUUAAAACCCAGCCUUUCCCCAGAGAGAAAGUAAUACACAGUUGUUAUUCAUUUUAUCACCUCAUUCUGCUCCCCUAUGCUAGGGUUAAUUAUGUCUUAUAUUACUUGGUAAUAAAGGCUACAUUUAUUUUUGUAA